GUUGCUGCUGCUGCUUUUUAUUUAUUUUUUUUCUUGGAACUGGGCCUUGCCCUGCUCCCGCUGGCAUGAUGGCCCAGUCCAAGGCCAACGGCUCACACUAUGCACUGACCGCCAUCGGCCUGGGAAUGUUGGUCCUCGGAGUCAUCAUGGCCAUGUGGAACCUGGUACCCGGUUUCAGCGGUGCUGAAAAGCCGACAGCUCAGGGCAACAACAAGACUGAGAUCGGCAGCAGCAUUCUCAAGAGCAAGACCUUCUCCGUGGCCUAUGUGCUGGUCGGGGCUGGAGUGAUGCUGCUGCUGCUAUCCAUCUGCAUGAGCAUCCGCGACAAGAGGAAGCAGCGGCAGAGCGAGGAGAUGGCCCACAUCCAGCAGCAGACGGGGGCCAUGCCCCAGGCCCAGGAGGAAGACAGCCAGGAGGAAGAGGAGGAGGAGGCCGCCUCAAGGUACUAUGUCCCCAGCUACGAGGAAGUGAUGAACACCAACUACUCAGAAGCGAGGGAGCUGGACCAGAGCCCAAGGAUGAGCAUCUCUCUCCCCUCCUAUGAGUCGCUGACGGGGCUCGAUGAAACCAGCCCCCCGACCACUAGGGUCAACGUGGAGACCAGCCCGGGCAGUCCACCCGAGAGACACAACUCCAAGUUGGCCAAACGCCUGAAGCCACUGAAAGUUCGAAGGAUUAAAUCCGAAAAGCUUCACCUCAAAGACUUUAGGAUCAACCUCCCAGACAAAAAUGUCCCACCUCCCUCCAUCGAGCCUUUGACUCCUCCGCCACAGUAUGACGAAGUCCAGGAGAAGGCCCCUGACACCCGGCCACCUGACUGAAGGGCCCCCUCUUGGAGCCACAUUCCCACCUGUCUCUCACGUGCCCCGCACCAACAGAUAAUUACAAAGCCACCCCAGCCACAGUUGAGAAGUACAGGGGCCAGACGCACACUCAGCAAUGUGGAUGGGGGGGAGGUGGGACUCUGUGCAUCGGGAGUGACUGUGAUGUUCCACAGAGCCUCGUGCAGCAGGGGUGUGGGAAAGAGAUGGUGCCUUGGAGCUCUCGAUUCUGGGGACCACAUCAAGGGGUGUGGCCCAGGCAUCUGCCCCAUCUUCCUUCCUCGACUCUGAACCGCUGGCCACACGCUCCUUCCAGCUAGGAAAGAAUAGCUAGCCGCUGGGUUAGGUUGUGGUUGUUCUGUUUUGCUUCCACUAGGACUGUUUGGUUUCAAAAAGAAAACUUUUACAUUUGCUCCCUUCACUGCAGUCCUGAACUGCGGGUAGGAAAUAGGACUCAGCUUUGCAGCAAGACCACAAGGCCGUUUUGUAGAGUAAGAGGGGACGACAUGGGGGUAAGGCCCAGGCGGUGGCUCUCUGAGCCCUGAUGCUGUCGAUUCUUUGAGGGCCUAAGGCCUGAUGAACUUCAGCACAUGAUGCAUAAGAAAAUAGUCUUAAUUGGUAUACUUUACUCGUCUCUUCUGUGUAACAGCAAAAAUGGUAAACCAUGGGAGACGUCCUUCUAUUCUAAAAU